AUGGAUAAUAGAAGGAAGAGCGUGGAUGAUCGUGGUAAAGAGGUCAUCCUUAUUGACGACGAUGAGAUAGAUAGGAUCUCUGAUUUACCAGCUAAUGUUGUUGAUAUAAUAUUGAAGGACGUGCCGUUUAACGAACUGGCACGAACAAGCGUCUUGUCCAAAAAAUGGAGAUUUUUUUGGACAACGCACCCAACAAUAAAAUUAGAUGGGAAUUUUUUUGAGGACAUUAAUAACAAUGCAGGACUUGCCGAAUAUGAGUUCAAUAACAUAAUUGACAAGAUACUUUUGCAACAUGUUGGAACUAUUGACAAGUUUGUCCUCGAUGUGUCAACCAUUGAUAUAGAUGAAUGGGACCUUGAUCAUUGGUUAUUAUAUGUAACCAAAAAAGGUGUCAAGGAACUAACCCUUGAUAAUUCAAACCAAGAUCCUUAUACCUUGCCCUUAUGCAUAUUUGAUUGCUCAUCAACUUUUACAUUUUUGUCCAUCUCCAAUUGCAUGUUUAAGCCACCAAAUCCCAACAAAGUCUUUUCAAAUCUUCUUGAAUUGCACUUGAAGUUCAUUAAUUUUUUAGCCACUCAUGACAUUGAUGCCCCAUUACUUAAAACAUUGACAUUCACUUCUUGCAAUAGGAUUCAUUUCCUCCUCUUUUUUGCUCCAAAGGUUGAGAAUUUGACUAUUAAUGAUAGUCAUGAACUUCAAGUUAGCUUUUUUGAAAAUUUCCCAAAUGUUAAGGUGUUGCAUAUAUUUAUACCUUAUAAUUUAGAAGAAGAUUAUGCAGAUGGGAGGUUUAUUACUUGGUCAAAACUUCUUGCUUUGUGCCCUAACUUGACAGGAAUUUGCUUCAGUAAUUGUUGCGUUAGGCUUUUGGGCUUAGAAAUUAUUCCAAAAAUGUUUAACCCUGAGCCUAGCCAGUUGGAGCAUGUGCGGUUGGGACUACAGCUUUUUGAUAUAGACCUAGUCUCUGGUGCUCUUUCCUUGAUUCGAAGUUCUCCCAAAUUGCGUGUACUACAGAUUCAGGCUUUACCGAACAGAAAUGGGCAAGACAUAGAGGACGUUCUUAUGUAUCUCAAUGAUCCAUCCUGUGUUAACCAACCACUAGAGAUGCUUCAAUAUGUUGAACUAAAAGAUUUUGAAGGCACACAAUCUGAAUUCAUUUUCUUAAAUCUCAUGCUGUGGAAGUGCCCAUCACUUUCUCAAAUGAUCAUUCGACCCUCAAAUGGAAUUGAUGAGGCUGAUAAAUGGAGGUUUUUUGCACUAUUGUUGCAGUCCUAUCGAGCAUCAUCAACAGUGCAAAUCUUAUUAUUACCUUGA